AUGCAGAAACUCGAACACGAACUCUGGACCCUAAGGAUGAAGGGUUCCGACAUUGCUUCCUACACUUCUAGGUUUGAAGACCUAGCACUCCUUUGUCCGAGAAUGAUCUCCCCCGAAAGCAAAAAGAUUGAACGAUUCAUUUGGAGGCUGACCCAGCCAACCAAGGGAAAUGUUUUGGCUGCGAAGCCAGACACCUUCGACAUCGCUAAAUGUUUGGCGCAAACUCUGAUUGAUCAUGGUGAUGAUCUCGAGGAAGUGGCCACCAUUCCUGAACCGGCUAAAGGGAGUGGUGAAAAUAAAAAGAAAUUCUGGAACAAACGAAAGGGUCAAGGUUCGCAAGGAUCCUCGAAGAAACAGCAAACUGUGGCAGUUCACGCUGCUACAACUCCUGUCGCCGCUCCUACAACUCAAGCUCCUACCAGUGGAUACACUGGUACCCUCCCAUGGUACGACAAGUGCAGUUACCACCAUCGUACUCCUGGACCUUGUCGUGAAAAGCUCUGCAACAAUUGUGGUAAAAAGGGCCAUUUGGCUCGAGACUGUAGAAACCCAGUUCAACAAACUACUCAGGCCUCUGGAGCAGGUGUUGGUCGAGCCUGCUACAACUGUGGGGAGGUUGGGCAUUUCAAGAGAAACUGCCCCAAAGCAGCAACAACCAACAACACCGGGAGAUUUCUAACUAUGGGACAAGAGGAGGCAGUCGCCGACCCCACCGUUGUCACGGGUACGUUCCUUCUCGACAACUCUUAUGCAUGCAUCCUUUUCGAUUCUGGUGCAGAACGAAGUUUUGUUAGCCAUUCAUUCAAACGUCUUCUUAAACAUAAUCCUCAACCAUUAACCGAAAAGUUUACCGUCGAAAUGGCUAACGUCUCCAUAAAAAGCUUUGAUGUCAUCAUCGGCAUGGAUUGGUUGAGCCCCAAUCGUGCUGAUAUCCUUUGUUUCGAAAAGGCUAUACCUCUCAAUCUUUCCCUCGACGAAACUCUUGUAAUCUACGGUGAUAAACUCAGUUCAAACCUUCGCAUCAUUUCAUGCGUCAAAGCCCAGAAACUCCUGCGGAAAGAGUGUUAUGCAUUCCUAGCCCACGUCAUUAACGAGAAGCAAGAAGUUAAUGACCUCGAGAGCAUCCCCGAAGUCUGCAACUUUCCCGAUGUUUUUCCAGAAGACCUCCCAGGAAUCCCUCUUGAGCGCCAAGCCGAGUUUCGUAUCGACUUAGUCCCCGGAGCUACCCCCGUAGCCAAAUCCCCCUACCGAUUAGCACCAGCAGAAAUGCAAGAGUUAUCUAGUCAGCUCAACGAGCUGCUCAUCAAAAGGAUUCAUCAGACCGAGUUCCUCACCCUGGGGAGCCCCAAUCUUGUUUGUGAAAAAGAAGGAUGGAUCCUUUCGAAUGUGUAUCGAUUAUCGGGAGCUGAAUAA